GGUGUGGUUGUUUUUAAAUAUUUCAAAUUACUGUCAAAAUUAAUCAAAAUUGUCUCGUUUCGAGAUCUAUAAAAUGGAAAAAAUUAAGAGAAAUUUUAAAAAAUCUAUAAAAUUUCGGUAGAAAUUAUUUAAAAAAAUCAAUAAAAAAUGGAUUCUGUAGGUUUGAUGUUGCACAUUUACCGAAGGGAGAUGGCAAAUUUGGCGGUGAUCGUUGGAAUAGUAAAAUCUUUAACAAAUUUAACAAUUAGUUAUCAGAUUAUAACUAAAAAGGAUGCCACAAAACAGUCAGCAGUAGGAACAGUAAGCAGUUUAUCUUUGGCUAUUUUAGGUGUUAGGCAUGCAUGUUUAGCAUGCGACCAAACUUUAGUAUGCACACAUAUCCUCCAAAUAAUCGUAGAUGGAAUAAAUUUAAGCGUGCACUUCGUUUACACUAACAAUAAAUGGAGAGAUGUAUUAGGACCAUUAAUUAAAGGAUUUUUCAUGGUUUUAGCCGGACUUGGUUACGCACAAUUUGAAGAUCCAGAUACGGUUUGUAACAGAUUUGGUACUUGCUUAGGUGCAUUAUCUAUAGUAACUUUAGCUUCGCCAUUCACUAAAUUGAGACAAAUGAUUAGAGACAACGAAUGUGGUGCAAUAAAUGUAAUAAUAACAACUUUAUCGAUGACUGCCUCUUUUCUUUGGGUCUUGGUAGCACUGGCAGCAAAUAAUCCCACGAUGUUGUUCCUUUUUAGGUGCAGAACAUUUGCGGCUUGCUGUUAAAUGCUAUUUAUGUAACGAUCUACAUCCGGUAUAAAAAAUAAAAAUAUACAGAGAUA